CUGCGCGAAGUGCAUCUCCCGGAAACGAUAUGGUUGUUUUGGUGUCCGCUUGUGUUGUAGUCAUUUGUCAAAGGGUGAAGUCAAACUUUUAACUAGACACUUUUGGCCACCGGAGUAAAGGCGCUUGACAGGAUUUUCAUCACUAUGCUUUGUCCGAGGUGAUGGAAUGAACUGUACUGAGAGUGAAAGACAGACAUUUUCUUAGUUUGGGGAAUUGCGGUAGCUAGCGGUUAGCUAGCCUGGCUAACUGAGGGCUCUGUCAACAAGUUUUGUUCAGCAUGGACUGCACGGCGCUGGAGCUCGAUGGUGUCAAAUUUGCCAAAACAGCUGUUACCUAUGACCAGAAAGGAAAAUACAAUGAGGCUGUGUUUUAUUAUAAGGAGGCAGCCCAGGCUCUGAUAUAUGCUGGUAUGGCAGGGUCCAAACUGGAAGGAAUCCAGGACAAAGUGAAUGAAUACCUGGAUCGCGUUCAAGCUCUCCACAAUGCUGUCCAGGCACAGACAAGCGACCCGCUGAAGUCCCGGCAGCAGGUGGAUCUGGAGCGUGCCCACUUCCUGGUUACACAGGCCUUUGAAGAAGACGAGAAGGGGAAUGAUGAUGAAGCUAUAGAAUUGUAUACUCAGGCUGUGGAGCUCUGUAUUAAGACAUCCAAUGAGACAUCGGACCAGGCGCUGCAGAACAAGCUGAAGCAGUUAGCACGUCAAGCUUUAGACAGAGCGGAAGGUCUUAAAGACUCCCAGUCCAAAUCGACUCCAGGCCAGACUCAGGACAGGACAGGUUUUUCUGGUAACAAGUCCAACAGUGGUGCCAAUUCUGGGGGACCAGUCCGCCAGUUUUUCCCCCUCGGUCCAGACUUCAGCCUCAACGACCGACAGCAGCCCCACCCCGUCCGGGCCGUCCAGUCCAGUGAGCCCCACGGUCAGCGCUACACGGCUGAGGAGAUCGAGGUGCUCAGGAGUACAUCUACAAUCAAUGGCAUAGCCUAUGUGCCCUUUAUGAGUGUGGACCUGAAGGAGCGAUUCGCUUUUCCUGUACCUUUCUCGGACAAAUAUGGAAAACUGGCAUUGUCACCCAAACAGAAAGCCAUCUUCUCCCGCUGGGUUCGGCCCGACGAGAUCUGCAAUAACCCCACAAUGAUCAUGUCUGUGUCCAGCUUCAGCAUCAAACAGACUGUGGUUUCUGACUGUUCGUUUGUGGCGUCACUUGCCAUUAGUGCGGCCUAUGAGAGGCGCUACAACAAAAAACUCAUCACCAGCAUAAUCUAUCCUCAGAACAGGCGAGGGGAGCCAGAGUAUAACCCUUGUGGGAAGUAUAUGGUCAAACUUCACAUCAAUGGAGUUCCUAGGAAGGUGAUUAUAGACGACUACCUGCCAGUGGAUCGUAAUGGAGAGCUGCUGUGCUCCUACUCCAGCAACAGGAACGAGCUCUGGGUCUCCCUGAUAGAGAAGGCCUACAUGAAGGUGAUGGGAGGAUACGACUUUCCUGGCUCCAACUCGAAUAUCGAUCUGCACGCACUCACUGGCUGGAUCCCUGAACGCAUCGCUAUGCACUCUGACAAUCAGUCAUUCAGCAAGGACGACACGUUCCGCAUGCUCUUCCAGAGGUUUCACAGAGGUGAUGUUCUCAUCACCACGGCAACAGGCGUGAUGACAGAGGAGGAAGGGGAGAGAUGGGGUUUGGUGCCAACACAUGCCUACGCUGUUCUUGACAUCAGGGAAUACAAAGGAAUGCGCUUCCUACAGCUGAAGAAUCCAUGGAGUCAUCUGCGGUGGAAGGGACGCUACAGUGAGCGAGAUGAGAAGAACUGGACACCAGAACUCCUCAAAUACCUCAACUUUGACCCUAAGACAGCACAGAAGUUUGACAACGGUGUUUUCUGGAUUGCAUGGGAGGACCUUUGUCAGUACUAUGAUGUCAUCUACCUGAGCUGGAACCCUGCACUUUUUAAAGAUUCCUCCUGCAUUCACAGUAGCUGGGAUGGGAAACAGGGCCCAGUAAAAGAUGUCUACAGUCUGGCCAACAAUCCCCAGUACAAGCUGGAGGUCCAGUGCCCAACAGGGGGAGCUGCUGUGUGGGUGCUGCUCACCAGACACAUCACAGACAAGGAUGAUUUUGCACAAAACAGGGAGUUCAUCACUCUCGUCGUUUACAAGACAGAUGGCAAGAAGGUUUACUAUCCAGCGGACCCCCCUCCUUACAUUGAUGGCAUCCGCAUCAACAGCCCACAUUAUCUGACUAAGAUGAGGCUGACCAGUGCAGGAACACACACCUUCACUCUGGUGGUCUCCCAGUACGAGAAACAGAACACCAUCAACUACACGCUGCGGGUGUACACCGGAUGCAAAUUCACCUUCUCCAAGAUCCCAAAUCCCUUCACUCACUCAAAAAGGAUCAAUGGCCAGUGGAAGGGGAUCAGCGCUGGGGGUUGUGGGAACUAUAAGGACUCGUACAAACACAACCCUAUCUAUCAGAUCAAUCUGGAACGGUCCGGUCCGCUGCUCAUCGAGCUCCGAGGAUCAAGGCAGUACAGUGUUGGUUUUGAAAUGGUGACAGUGUCAACAGUGGGUGAUCCGGGCCCAGCAGCCUUCCAGAAGAAGACCAGUGGAGAUUACAGAUGUGGUUUCUGCUACAUGGAAGCAGAACACGUCCCUGCAGGCAUCUAUAACGUCAUCCCCACCACUUUCCUGCCCAAACAGGAGGGACCCUUCUUCUUAGACUUUGCAAGUACUUCACCUCUCAAAGUCUCCCAGCUGCAGUAAAGAUGGAACUGGAGAGAGUAUGAAGCAGGGAUUUGGAGGAAGGUACUUAACGGCAUCAUGGGAUAUUUCUGCAACAGCAGUUUGGAUGUAAUGAGAUGUCAAGACCUCAUUAAAGCCCCAGGAGCCCAGAAUGUGACUGCUGCUAUCCUUGCCCUCUUUCUCUCUCCAAAGCUAUCGCUAAAUGGACAGAUUGUGGACUUGAAUUUCAACGUUGACACCACGUGACUAUUGUGAAGAAAUAAAUUAUUGAUAAGGAAUAACCAAGAGGCACUUCAGUGUGGAAUAAAGCCCAUAACCAUCAAGGCAUAAAACAUGCGCUCACUAUAAAUUAAACAGCCAUUACCAGUCUGACCAAGUACUGGUGUUCAAAGCGGUACACACAAACUCUCCACCAGAUUGAAUAAUUAGCUUCAACAUUGUAGUUCUCAUCAGACAGUCAAAUCUAAUAGAUUUCACGAGAUAUUAGUGAUCAUACGACCACAUCCUGGAUAUAAGAGGGUGUGGAAAAAUAGCAGGGUUGCAGUGAGCUGCAAAGCUGAUGCCAAGGCUGCUUAGAAGCAGCAGAUUCUCCUCCUCCUCCUCCUUCACAGACUCUGUUUUGCUGCAAUGAGCACCUUGACAGUACAAAAGGAGUUGCUCAUGGUUGUGGAAUUGUAAUGUUAAACUUUCACAUAUAAAUCAAAUGUUUAAUUGGCCACAUACUUUUGACCAAAAUCUAAUUAGAGACUUCAAAUCCAGUUUUACAUUGAUUCAGUGACAGGAAGAGUUCACGAUGGUGUUUAUUUGCCAAAUCAAGCAAAGUAAAAAUAUAAUAAACCAGGAAUCAAACCAAACUGAACAAGGAAAUGAUCAAAUAUGGGUCAUUCAUAGCAAUUGCAUAGAUGUAGAGACCGCAGCGCGGGUCUGCUGUUCUGAUGCUCAUUAUUGCAAAACUACCUGAGGAAAAAUUUCCUCGAUACGAAACAAAACGCUUCCUCAAAUAAGUAUCAGAUCAUGUGAUCUUGUCUUGAAAUAAUAUAUAGAAACUGAUUAAACUUGGUGACUUGUCACCUAGUUUGUUGUCGGAGUUGAACAGGCUGCCAAAAUUUAAUAAAAAUUAAAAAGCUGUUUUAAAGUCUGUCAGGUUGAACGGACGGCUAGUUUCCUGGAGUGGCCAUGAAGGUUUCUUUCUUCUCAGGAGCAGUGCAGCAGAGCAGCACCACAGGGAAUCCAGUAUGGCAGCAGUUGAAUGAUGUCUCUUCAUGCUGUCUGUGGAUGUGACGGCUGAGUGACAAUAUCAGCCUGAUUUCACUGACAGGCCUCACGUCAGCGUUGUUUGAGGCACACAGUGUAGGUGUUACACCUGUGUGUGUAUGUACGCGUGCAUGAGGAUGUGAUUGUCACUGUCAGCCUUUUACAGGUGAAAACUUCAAUGUAUUGCCAAGUCAUCAUAUUCUGUUUACUUUUUUGUUGAUGUACUGCACUUUUUUUUUCUUUUUUUUUUAGAUCAUUUCUCAUGAAGUUUACUGUCAAACAAAAAGCUGUAGGAAUGCUUUGAUUUGUUAAAGCAAGCAGCAGCUUAUCUAAAGUCACCAAUCACUCUUUUGUGUUGUGGUUGUGUGAGAUUUGGGUUCUGGGUAGAUGCUGUAGUUGACCCCCAUUCAGCAGUGCUGAGUGUUGAAAUGAACGUAGAGGUUGUGUUGCAUCGUGUGGAAGCAGUCAGCAUCUGUCACUGUCACUGUCACUGUGCUGUGUGUGUGUGUGUGUGUGUGUGUGUGGACAUUUGUUUCUGAGACACUCAGUGACGACAUGGACAGUGUUGACUUUCAUUGCAUUGUAGCUCGCUGCUUUAGCCACGCUUUUUGUUCUCUCUUGUUGUGAUGCUGUGAUUGAACUCACAAGCUACAGGCCUAUUUUUUUAAAGAAAAAAAAUGAAGAAUUAUUUGUGACCCUGGGAGCAUACAGUAGUUUGACAAAUGAUGUUAAGAUCCGCUUACUAACUAUUCUUUGAGGCUUUUAACUGUGUCCCAGUUGUCAUUGAGUUGGUGGUGGUCAUGUGACACUACGGAAACAUCUCCUUGGCAGCUGUGCAUUGGUUGUAAGGGAAAGCUCCAUAAAAAUCUUAAGUGAAGUCAAAUGACUGGAGUUUUAUUUUCAGAAUUCAAAUUUAAGCAACUGUUGACACUCGUGCAAUGCAUUUCAGACAGAAAUCUUCACAUGUGGGGUUAAUAGUAGCACCAGUAUGACUGACUACACCGUGGUUUUAGUGUUGCUGCUGCAUGUCAUGAAACUACCUGUGUUCUCUGAGCUCGAUGCACAGCUGUAAGCUUCUGCAAGCCCCUCCCUCAUUCUGUCCACUGCAGUGUAAUAACCGGGAAAUAUAACACCCACGAUGCUCUGAAGUGACACCUUCGUAUUGCUUAAAUUGCCAGGCAAAACCCACAAUUUACAAUAGCACACAAUGCAAAAGCACCAAAUUGUCACAUUUCAGAAGCUGGAAGAAGAAAUGUAUUUGAAAUUUUUUGCACAAAUUAUUCAUUCAUUGUCAAUAUUGCUGUUGAUGUAUUUUCAAGUCUCUCGAUUAUUGCAGUCUGUGUAAAUGUGUGCUUGUAGCUCUCACUCUGUCUGGACUUCUCCAGACUCACAGGCCAUGGUGAAGUGAAUGUGGGCAAUAUUACUGUACUGUAGAAGGUUUCAUUACAUUAACCACAAACCUUGGCUUUGCUAUACAGUCAGUUAAUUUUGAUGUCAAAUCCUUACCGUGACUCAACACCAAGACAACUUAACAUGGAAAUAUUGUGUCUCUAUCAUUGUUCCAUGUGCAGUGGAAGCUGACUGUAAAUGAACGAAUAAUACUGGUUUUUCCAAAGGUUGAAAUGAUCUGUUCAGAGUGGAAAAUAGCUUUAAAUAUCCAUUGCCAUGCACCUUUGUUCACCUUUUAAUUUAUUCAUAUCCUUCUGUUUCACAUUUUGUAAAAUCUGUUUAAUUGCCAACUCAUUUAAAGAUGCAGCAGGACAAUCUUGCAGCAACCUCGUAUGAAUGAUGAUGUGAUGUUUGCAGAACUUGCACUAAAUGUUGGGUAGACUGAUGUGUUCAAGGUUUGAAUACAGCAAAUUAUAUCUG